CCCGAGCGAAAGAUAGGAAAGGGAAAAAAAAAGGGAUGAAGGAGGAGGAGCAUUGAAUUGACGACGAACCUUCAAUCACGAUUGUCGCGUGUUCUUCACCUUUCGCCUCUCACACGGGCAGCUCCCUAGCCCUUUCUGACAGCUAAACUUUUUCGCCUUUCGCUUAGGGUAGAUUUCUCUUCUUCAACCGCUUUCGCACUUUUCUUUCCUUAUCGUAGUUUCGAUCGAUUUGAUCUCCAUCCUCUCAUUUAUCAAGCCAGGUGUCUGUUCUUCGGCUUGGCUUGGUGUUGGAGCUCCCUGUCCACAUGUCAUACCCUUGAGCUCGACCAUUACGAAUCGAAUCGACUCGAAUCGACUUGACUCGACUCGACUCCAUCGACCCACGAUAACCUCAAUUGAUCCAUCCCACUCGGCCUACGGCCCUCCAAGGCCCCGAAUCCCCGAAUCCUCAUCGUCGAUUACGCCUAGCUCGCCCAUCAUGCCUAAGCAACACAUGAUAUUUGGGCGGCCGCUCCCCCGCAUCGGCACAAGACGCAUCUCCUUCCUCCUCGUCAGCAUCUCCAUCUUCGCCGUCUUCUCCCUCAUCUUCACCCUCCCGAGCGCCAUCCCAGCUGGCCCGAGCCUAUCAAAGUACACCGACCACAAGUUCUCGAUACCCUCAGCCUUGAAGAACCCAUUUGGCGCCUCGAGCCGAUUGAACCCUUUCAAGUCUCCAUCACACCCGCCCCCACGUCAACAAAAUGAUACGUACGGCGAGUCCUCCUGGUGGGCGGAUUGGAAGUGGCUCUCUGUGCCCUUCUCUUCCUCGUUGACCCUCGACGAGGAGCGCUCCCUACUGCCUCCCCUCAAGCCUCGCCCCGCCAUCUACUGCUACUACGAUACCACCAUCAAGAAGGACGCCGCAAGCAAGGAUGCCGAGAGCGAGCUCCUUCUCCUCUGGCGCCGCGCAUGGUGGGCCCGCGGUUUCAAGCCCAUCAUCCUCAGUGCUGCUGAGGCUAUGAAGAACCCGCUCUACGACGAGCUUCAGCGCAAAGAGAUGGACGCUGAACUCAAGACCGACCUGAUGCGCUGGCUGGCCUGGGACAACAUGCGCGGUGGCUUGCUCGCCUACCACACCACCCUGCCCAUGGGCUCCCACGAGGAUCCCCUCCUCUCUUACCUUCGCCGUGGCGAGUACCCAGAGCUCACCCGCUGGAACAACUUGAACAACGGUCUCUUUGCCGGCGGCGAGAAGGAGGUUACGAACGCCAUCAAGGCUACCAUGGCCGGCUCCAAGCUCAAGGAGGCCAAGGACUUCAUCGCUGCUGCCACCGAAGACACCUUCAAGAUUGACAACUACCCCAAGGCAAUUGCCUACUAUGACGUUGCGGUUAUCCAGGACAAGUACCCCAAGGUCGGCGAGGCCAUCGCCGCAGACCGUGCCGGCGGCCUCAAGGCCCUCAAGAACCUCAUCAACGGCCACCUGCACACGACUUGGCAGAACGUCUUCUCAGACGGCAUCGCCGUCCUCAAGCCUCUGCCACAGCACAUGACGAACCUGAUCAAGAACGCCUGGGACCUCGCCGGCGACCUCUCCAUGUGCCCCGACUCCCCCAUGCCGUCCUCCUGUCCGCCCAACAACCCCAAGUGCAAGCCCUGCGUCCCCGCGCAGCCCAUGCACGUCUCGACCCCUCCCCGCUACCGCAACACUUCGACCCUCUACACCAUCGGCACCGUGCCGCACCCCUACACCACCGCCCUCCUCGCCAACCUCCAGGACACGAUCGAGAUCCCCUGGCUCCGCCGCAAAUCCGAGCGUGACGCCUGGCUCGGCGCCGUAACCACGGAGCUCCUCGGCGUCGGCAUCGGCAGCGCCCCGCGCGUUCUCAAGUUCAAGGAGGCCGUGGCCGGCGAGUUCGCGACCGCCCACUCCCUCUGGCUCACGGCCGAAAAGGACCUUCCCAAGGACCUCGACUGGCACUUUGGCUUCGCCAUCCCCCACAACGCCACGGACGGCACAUCCCAGACCCCCGUCCCCGGCCCCGAGCGCCGCCCGCAGCCCAAGCACGACCCCGCCGACGGACCCAUCCCGACCGCCGAGGAGCUCGACAAGGAGAAGCCCCUGCUCAAGAGGGCCCGCGACAUGGGCAAGACCAAGGACGCGCGCGAGCUGUCUAUCCGUGGGGCCGUCGAGGCGUGGAACCUGGCGGACACCGAGUCGUGGAAGUUUGCGCGUGCGUUCCUGGCUCGCCGUAUCGUCGAGCGCAAGGAGUGGGAGGAGAACGAGAGCCAGUACGUCGGCGGCGUCGGUACCGAGAAGGGACGCCGUACGAGUUGGGGUGAUCGCUGGAUGGAUAAGGAUAAGAAGCAGUAAGGCUGUUUGGACAUCUUCACGAGAAGGGUCAAAAACCGAAACAAAAAGUGGUGAUUCUACGUGAAAGAAAACUACUACUCGGAGUGUUGUAGUAUAAAACGUCGUGGGAAUCGACGUGUGACACUAUGUAUGACUGUAUUCGCGGUGUACUUGCUUUCCCCCAAAGGGUUGUUGUACGGGUCUGGUAUGGGGGC